AUGGCUUCUCGAGACAAUUCCCCGACAUCCCAACCAAAAUCGAAGCCCUUGAAUGCGGAACAACUUGCGAGUCAACCUCUUCCACCCCUUAGCAUUGACAAAAAUUGUUGUACUACCAACUUUGCCCUACAUGACAUCUUUUUUACUUGGAAACUUGAGCCAUGGGAAACUUUUCAAGAUGAAGUCGCUUCCUCGAUAAAAGCGAUCGAAUGGAGCAAGAAACCGCUCAGUCAAAGCCUGCAGCACGGAGAUGUACAUGCUACUGAACACUUUCGCUGUGGAGACGAGUCCUCGGUCAGUGCAAGAUUCAUCCAGAACGCUCUGCAUAUGGCGACGGCCAUUGGGAAGGAGGCUGGCUUUACGAACGUAUUCGGUGACUGGAGGGCUACCGCUGGAGCGAGAAAAAAGAACGAGACCGACCAGAAAAGUGGCGACCACAGGGAAACGGCCAAGGGUAAGAAUGCUGUCAGAGGAGAAAAGCUCAAAAAGGGCGAAGAUAGUAAUUGCAAGCACGAAAAAGGGGGAGAUGCCAACGAUGGAAGUCCUGCGAAGCAAAACCAUUUGAUCCCUGACUACGCUCUUUUGACUGAGAAUGGAUGCGAGGUACGACUUGUUGGAGAAGCAAAGACACCAUGGAAGCAUGACAUCAAGGGCUGGUGUGAUGACUUUUCGUCGGAUUCUACGUCACUCAGACAUGGUCUAGGCCAGAUCGCUCGAUAUAUGCAGGUAUUUCGCCUGAAAUAUGGCUUCUUGACAACUUACAAUAAAACAAUUUUUUUGAAACAAGAAGGCACGAACUCAGAUGCGGUCCUGUAUUUCUCCCCGGCAAUUGAAUCCUCUGGCCAGACUCCUUCGCUAAGAGAAUGUAUUGUCUAUAUGCAAAGUCUAGUGGAGCAACCUAAAGACUCUCAGGAGCUGUCUACUCCCUGGCACUUUGAAAAUAAUGUCGGGAAAGACAAUAGUGGAGCUGAAUGGGUUGUCACAGGUGACAAGAAGAACAACGAAUCCGCAUCUGUAUUAAGGGUUCGCGUUGAGAAUGCCAUAGCUAAGAUUGCUUCCCUUCCGAGAGACGAAGACAGUGUGGAUUUCCAAAGUGUUGGUGAGAUUUGCUCUGAUCUGGGGAGCCUAUCAAUUAACCCUUCUGAUGAUCGAAAGCCUACGAGGACGUUGAUGAGCGGCUCUCGGACCGCAAGAUUUGAUGAACCUUGA